AUGCCGCAGAUCCCGCUCAAGUCUUCGACCAUCAACCUCGACAUCUCUGGAGUCGCAGGUUUCUUCGGAGGCGAUGUCGCUGUCUCCGCUAUGGCCACCGUUCACGUCUACCAGGGGAGGAGAUGGCUGGGAUGGUACAACUCACCAGGGAGUUACGAGAUCGCCAAGCGGUAUGGACAGCUCGGUCGAUCGCGUUUCUGGGACGGUCUCUACCCGGGUGUUAACGUCGACCCCGCUGUACUCUUCGAACUUGACGGCCAGAAUGGUCCCAAGUAUCGUGCAGUCCAUUCCGGCACUCUCAUGUACAAGACAGGACAUCUCGCCCACCUCUUCCUCCAGGAGUGCAAGGAUAUUCCGCCCAAGAACACGCACGAGCUCGACGAGGAACUCACCAGAGUGACAACCCCCGUGUAUGUCACCGUCGCUGAUCUCGUACAUCAGCCCCCGCGGGAGGAGUAUCCUCGCCUCGUCCGGGACACAACCAGUCCUCUUGCGUUGAUCCCCAUCCUCGCUUCUUGCGCAGCCGCCGUUGCCUGUGCCAUCUUCGCGGACUGGUUCUGCUUCUCAAUGAUCGCACUGGGAAUGGUCAGCAGUGGCGUCUCUUGCUAUGUCAUCGGCACGGGCACUUUCACGUUCACCCAUCCAGAACCUGCGGAUGGUGCCCCGCCGGGCGACGGCGUUCUGGAGGGUGGAGAUGAGAUUGUCGUCUUGAAGGGUCCCGAGGGAUGCAUCAACCCAGUCACAAGAGGGCGCUUCUCUCUCAAGUACACCGGCGAACCACAGUACCAUAACAUUGGACUAUCUUCGAUGCUACUCACUGUCCAAUUCCUCGCGCAGUUACUCAUAGUACCACAGGGAGAGAUAUUCGGCCAGAUCAUGUUCCUCUCUUCGCUCGCCGUCUCUUGGAUGUACAACUCGUACCUCUCCUCGCUCGACAAGGAGAGCAUCCAAAGGCAUAUCCUUGUAAGUCAGGUUCUCAAGUCCCCGGUCAUGCGCAAGUACAAGCUCGGGACGAGGACUAUCAUGGUCGUCUUCGUCUUGCUCGUGCUGUCCCCUGCCGACGAAUACGCGCUGCGGAAGGUCAUGGACGACUUGCUUCCGAACGAGACCCCAGUCUGGCGACUCUGGAAAGCGACCGUCUUGCACGAAAUCCGGAAUGUCACCCAUAACAUCGUCGAAGGCUCUGGCGCGUUCUGGUUCGACCUGUCGGUAGGCGAUGGCUUUGCGCCGAGCGACCGUAAACUCCUGUCUACUCUCUAUCGAGAUGCGGCAACGGCUUAUAUUGCAUAUCAAGACGCGGGUAAGGUAGUCGCCCUGGACUCGAUCGUAGAAUCUGUUCUCAUGCCCAUCUGCUCCGCGACUCAGACCCCAGACUUCUGA